AUGGCGCAACCAAAAAUAAUGAAGAAUGAUAGAUUGAGUUUACUCCCAGACACAAUCCUUAUACACAUCAUCUCCUUCCUUCCAAUCAAAUCUGCCGUAAUCACCUCUGUGUUGUCUCAUCAAUGGCGUUAUCUCUGGACUCACAUCACUAACGUCGUCUUCACCCCAACUUGUCUUCCUUCUCGUCGUUAUAAUUCUUCUGCACCUCUUAUUUUUCCGAAGCUUCCCUUUCCGAAAGUAAACAGUUUUUAUCUCUGUUUGUCGAGGGAUUUUUAUGAUUUUUCCAAUGCGGAAUCUUGGAUUCGGGAUCUAUGUACACGAAAUCCAGAGCAAAUUGUGGUUGAAUCGAAUCUACCUACUAAUAUAUCUACGAGUACUUGUUUUUUUCAAUGUCAAUCUCUAGUUGUGCUUAUGUUGACUAAAAAUAUUUUUAUUCGUCCUCCUGCUGGUGGAUUUGUUGUAAAUCUUCCUAAAUUAAAGAAACUACAAUUAUCUGGAUAUUGGGAUGAUGCGUUGGCUACAAUUAUUAGGGGUUGUCCACUAUUGGAAGAUUUAAAUCUGGUGAUCACGUCUCACGGUAAUUGCUAUAUGUUUGUUCAUUUGUUGGAUUUAUCGGCUCAUUACAUCAAGAAACUGGUUAUUAUUAGAGCGUAUGACUAUAACGUUAUUCCAACCUACCAACUUGUAGUUAAUCUGUCAAAGCUAGAAGAAAUGACAUUACAUAUUCCUUUUGGUUUAGCGAAUAUUCGUUUUGUUGGGUAUUCUAGUGCAUUAAUAAGUGCAGAAUUUAGAUUUCCUAAGAAAAUUAAUUUUGGUAAGGAAAUUAAUUACCUGAGUCGUAUAGCAGGACUUGCGCAGUUGAUUUCUGAAGUAAGAUCCCUUAAAAUAGAUAACUAUGCUUUGGAGGCUGUUUGUAGUUUAGAAAAUGAAGUUGUUCUUGGGAUGUAUUAUGGUUAUUGUGAGAUACCUAGUUGUGGAUGGAGUUGGAAUGAUGUGGUGCUUUUACUACAAUGCUGUCCCUCUUUAGAGGUGCUCAAAGUAGAAAUAUCGAGAUACUUAACAAAAAGGGAUGCACUCGAGCAUUGGCCUUCUUGUUGCAGCCCUUGCUGGAGUCGAUUAAAGAGGAUCAAGAUAAGAUAUAUUAGUGAGAGUGAUGCUGAUUUUUAG